CGGGCGGGGACCGCACGCGCUCUCGGGGCCAUGUGGAGCCCGGCCCGGCUGUGCGCCCUGGGCCGGCCGCGCCUCGGGCCGGCGGUGCCGCUGCAGCCCCUGACCCGCCUGCUCCGGAGGGAAUACCGGGACAAAACCCCAUCCUGCCUGCUCCAGAGGGAAUAUCCGUGGAAAACCCCUUCCUGCCUGCUCCAGAGGGAAUACCGGGAGCUGCCGCUGCUGGGGCAGGGCUGGGGAAGGACACAGCCCCUGCCUCCCCGCCGGUUUUUAAGUAAUAAACCCAAAUCCAGGCGCCAUCCCAAAACAUUCCCGGUUCUAGACGGACGUGUCCCCGCCGUGUACCGAGACGCGUUCCAAGAGAAUUUAAGGAACAGCGAGGCUGUGAUUAAAAGGCACUCGGAACUGCUGGAGCGGGUGAAGGAAGGAGGGGGUCAGAAGGCCGUCCUGCGGCACACGCAGCGCAACAAGAAGGUGUUCGUGCGGGAGCGCCUGCGGCUGCUGCUGGACGACGCGGAUUUCCUGGAGCUGUCCCCCCUGGCCGGGCUGCACAUGCCCUACGGGGAUGUCCCUGCUGCCGGCUGCCUCACGGGAAUUGGCAGGAUCAGUGGGGUCUGGUGUGUCUUCAUUGCACAUGAUGCCACUGUGAAAGGAGGAACCAUUUACCCAAUUGGAGUGAAAAAGCAACUGAGAGCCCAGGAAAUUGCCAUGGAGAACAGGCUGCUGUCUGUGCACCUGGUGGACAGUGGGGGAGCCUUCCUACCCCUGCAGUCAGAGCUGUUUCCUGACAAGCUGCACGGUGGCAGGGUUUUCUACAACGAGGCAAUCAUGUCUGCCAUGGGAAUCCCUCAGGUGGCCGUGGUGUGUGGCUCCUGUGUGGCUGGAGGUGCCUAUGUGCCCACCAUGGCUGAGGAAUCCGUGAUCAUUGAUAAAAUUGGGACACUGUUCCUGGCUGGGCCACCCCUGGUGAAAGCUGCCACGGGAGAAGAUGUCUCUCCUGAGGACCUUGGAGGAGCCAGGCUUCACUCACAAGUCAGUGGCUGCAGUGACCAUUUUGCACCCUCAGAAGAGGAGGCCUAUGAGUGCAUUCGUAAUGUUGUCUCCACCUUAAACUAUGAGCCAGUGCCAGAGCAGGACAGGGAGCCUGACAGUCCCCUGUACAGCCCUGAGGAGCUCCUGGGCCUGGCACCACUGGCUUACAGCUGCACUCUUCCUGUCAAACUGAUCCUGAGCCGGCUGGUGGAUGGAAGCAGAUUCCAGGAAUUCAAGGCUACUUAUGGAACAGAAUUAGUGACAGGAUUUGGCCAUGUGGAAGGGCACUUGGUGGGCAUCGUGGCCAGCAAUGGGGAGCUGGCUCACAAUGCUGCUCUCAAGGGCAGCCACUUUGUCCAGCUCUGUGGCCAGAGGGGACUUCCCAUCCUCUUCCUCCAAAACAUUGCUCCACAGCUAGCAGGGCCUGCAAGCAUCUCACAGGCAGAGGCUCAUUCCAACAGGCUGAAGGCCCAUGCCUCCAUGAUGGCUGCAGUUGCCUGUGCUGCAGUUCCCAAAAUAACCAUUGUCAUUGGAGGCUCUUUUGGGAGUGACAGCUACGUCAUGUGUGGGAGAUCAUUCAGUCCAAACUUUCUGUUCCUGUGGCCCAAUGCAAGAGUUGGUCUUGUGGAUUCUCAACAUUUCCCCACAGUUCCACCAGCUGGGGACUGGACAGGAGAGGAGCUGGAGCUCAAACAGCUGAAGGCAAAGCUGGAGGAAGAAAGCAGUGCCUUCUACUCCUCUGCCAGGCUCUGGGAUGAUGGGAUCAUUCUUCCUCAAGACACCAGGAAGGUGAUUGCCCAGUGCUUGGAGAUCAUGGAACAGAAGAAGUACCAGGCUGUGUCUCCCCGUUCCCAUCCCAUAAUCAGGAUGUAACUGCAGACCCCUCAAACCAGAAUCCUCUACCAGAACUUUGAGUAUAAAGAUUUUCUAAUUCUUUGAUACCAUGAAUAAAAGUGUUGAACAGUUGAGGACAAACAAGAAUCCCAGACUGUAAAUCUGCUUUUAAUAUUAAUAAAAAAACCAAAUCAACAAUAAAUCAACAA